AUGGGCCCUUUGAACAUGUUAUCAUUGGAGGUAUCGUACCAAAGGUUGGGUCAGAUGGUCCAGCCUCCUAGAUUGGUUAGAGAAAUUGACUGGGGAAACUACUUGUUUCCGGUUGAUAAGUUCAAGCAGAGACAUUAUUCGAGAGUUGAAAAGUAGGUUUCGGCAUAAUUUUUUUUGUAUUUGGCAUUACUUGUAAGAAAAAUGUUUUUUACAUACAGAUACGCCAUCAUGACAAUGGCCAAAUGUUACACGGAGUUUCACAUUGAUUUUGCUGGAACGUCUGUGUGGUACCAUUUGAAAAAAGGUACCAAAUACUUCUUUUUAAUAGAACCAACACCGAUUGCACUACAUUUGUAUGAAGAAUUCAUUUGUGCUUACCGUAGUGGAGUUUCUGUGGGAUUCUUCGGGGAUGUUGUUGAUGGUAAGUUAGUUUUACUUUAUUUUAAAAUAUAAAAAAUAGUCCUACAUUAAUUUUUCUAUAUUCAUCAUAUCAUUUUAAAAGUGAAAGUUCCAAUAAUAACCUAUUUCAAAUUUUGAUCUUUUAGGAAAAUGCACAAGAGUCAAAAUGACCGCAGGCCAAACACUCAUCCUCCCAGCUGGCUGGAUUCACGCUGUCUACACCCCAGAAGACUCCCUUGUCUUUGGUGGAAACUACCUUCACAGCUUCUCUAUUCCAAUGCAGGUGACUGUCAGAGAUCAAGAAACUCGAGGCCAAACCAAGAAGAAGUUCACUUACCAAUGCUACGACCAGAUCUUGUGGUAUUACGUAGCUGAAGUUGUGCAAAAGACAUUAGCAAAGGAUUAUGUUCGACUUUUCAAAAGAGACGAGUACGACGAGAUUCAGCAAAGGUUGGCCAUUUGUCCAGAAGAGUUCAAAAAUUGUUGUUAUGACAUUUUGCUGCCAAAACCAGAGUUUUAUGACGAUCCUCACACUGGCGAUCCAAUUCAGUUCAACUUUGAUCCGAUCGACAGGACUAUCAUUCCACCUCCAACAAAGUUCAACGAAGGUAAUAUUUGAUGGUGUAGUGUGGUUUAAAGCUUCAUUUUUUAAACUUUAAAAAUUAUUUUGAAGUUUUUUUUUAAAUAGUUUCAUUUUUAAAAGUUAUCAUUAAUAAUUCCUUAUUUUUCCAGAUUACCUCAACGAUUUGACGCUGUUCGAGAAGAAAGGCCUUUACAAGUUGAAGGAACUUCUCGGAGACUUCCGGAAUCUGAAUCUAAACCGAAGAUUCUGCAAAGUUGCUGAAGGAAUUCGACGACCAAGACAUUUGCUACAGGAUUUCCAGGUAUGUUUUCUCCCUCGGGAAAUAAACAAACAAGUCGUGGUGGGAGAAGAAAACAGUUUUUUGUUUUUUUAUUUUUUUUCGGAAAAUAUUUUUUCAAGCUUUUUAAAGGUCGCUAAUGUCUAUAAUGUUGCGUAAAAGCAAUUUUAUGGGCAUGGAAUUUGAUUUUAUUAUCUAGAUUUGUUUUAUUUUAGCACAUUUUGGACCACAUCAGCUAUAUGGAACUUCAAAAGGACACAGUGUUGGUCAAGAACUCUCAAACCAACAAAAUGGGAAUCGAAAAGGUUGAAUCUCAAGAGAAUGGAGGUAAAUUUGAAACGAAAGAUGAAGAUAUGCCCGUUUUGAAGAAUGAAGUAUACUCAGAUAUUAACAACAGCCUGAAUUCUCAAGAAAAUCGCAUUUCAAAUUUCAAUGAAAGCCAAGAUUCUCGAUUAAACUAUAGCCAAGGUUCGGAAGCCAAAAGCCAAGCUGAUAGCAAUGUGAACGAUGAAAAUGUGUCAAAACAAAGUCGUUUAGACGAUAAACAAAGCGUUGAUAACAACGCAAGCCAAGAAAACACCGAUGUUACACAGAAUUCGACUGAAAGUCAAACCAAAACGGAAAAUGGCGAAAAUCAAUUGAGCCAAGAGCCAGAGAAGAUUAAGAAGCCAAAAAGGACGAAGAAGGCAACGAAAAAUGAAGAUGAUGAAGAAUGGACACCUGGACAAGAAGUGGAAAAGGCUGAAAGAAGCAAAUCGAAGAGUGAUGAAGAAGAUGAGGAUAUUAACCUUGAUGGUGAAACUGUGCCAAAGAAGCGGAAGAAGGAAAAACACGUGAAGAGAGUUAGCGGAAUGAUUGCUAGAGUUAAUAGUAAGUGAUUUUCGUUAGUUUUCGAAUUUUUAGAGUUGAAAUCAGAGAUUUGUUUAGACAGUUUAACUCUUGUUUUGCAAGAGCGAAUUCAUAGUCUUAGUUUAGGAAUAUUGGAGUCUUUUUGAUGCUUCAGACUAACUUUACUUUAUUAGUACUUUGGCCAAAGUAUAAAUUAUUUUAAAAUCAAAAACUUCUGAAGUUUUAAAACAAAAGUGGGUAAAACUGAUAUUGUUAUAGGCAAAGGAAAGAUUACAAGUCCAACAGAACACAAGAAACCUGAAAGCUUUACCCAACCAGCAAAAAGAAGACGUUCCUACUUGAAAUCGAACAAGGAACAUCAUAAUAACACGUCAACUGAACAUCCACAUGGUUCGAAACAUCCCCCGAAACAUCAUUUAGAUGCUCCACCUCCAGAAGCAGAGGCACCAGUUGAUUUGGUACCACUUGGACGCAAAUUUAAUCAUCAACAUGUUUCGAACUUGAAGAGGGUAAACGCUCACCUUGUUCCAGUGGCUGUACAUGGCGCCAAGUUGACCAUUCAUGUUGAUGAAAAGAAACCGAAGAAGCGUAAGUUUAUAUUUUUGUUGGAUUUUGUGUUUUUAGGUCUCAUAUGGAAGAGCUGUUCAUGUUUUAUGUUAUAAGGAGUCGUGAUAACAUAGCAGAACACAUAUCUCAAGGUUUUGAGAUUGAUUUUAAACUUAUUUUUUUGUUUAAUGUUGUGUUUGUGUAAUGUAAUAUUUUUCAGACAAGAUUAGCCAUUCUCCCCAUUCUUCUUCAUCAGAACAACAAAAAUUAUUCAACGACAUGUUCAUGAGUCAACCUACCGAAAAACGAAAGGUUUCGUUGCCAAAACAUAGUCCAACAAGUUCGCAAGCUUCAACUUCAAGCAAAGGUAAUUAACUUGGUUAAUAUUUUGAUCUUUAGAUUGUUUUUAUCUAUGUUUUAUGUUGUAAUAGAGUAUUCAUGUAAGAAAAAGAAAGAUUUGUGUUAUUUAAUUAUGUUUUAACACAAUUUACAUUUUAGCUUAUUCUCCGAAGCCAGCAAUAUCACCUAUCAGUACCAGCUCUCCUGGCUUGUCGUCUCCAACCAAGUACCGACAUGGUGGUGAGAUCUAGCGUUACUAACUCUUGAUUUAAAGAAUAAUUGUUUUCUUUAAUAGUGAAAAGGAUUUGAUUUAUGGAUGUUUGUUAAAUUAUAUUAUUAUAGACAUUCCAUACACGCCUACGAGACCAAACCUCAACUUGAGUGGAAUACACACACCUUUUUCGGCUAGCAAUCCCUACAAUCAGUCGUUCAACUUUACGCCAGGUGGAUAUGAUCCUAGAACGGUUAUGUCACCGCCAGCAAAACCGGAUAGGUAUGUUUUUAAAACGUUUUGACUGUUUUGGAAUUUUAGAACGGCUGUUUUGUUAAAGGGAAACCGUAAAGGAUGAUGAAUAUAUAGUAAUAUUUAUCUGUAUAAUUCGAAUUUCUUCUUCCUGAAGUAAAGGGCUUUAUAAAGUCACUUUUUGAAAAAAUGCAAAUUAUAAAAAUUUGCUGUUUUUCAAAAUUAACGGUUUACUCUUUCAGCCAACUUCUUCAAUCUAGCCUAUAUUCCCCAACUGCGAGGCCAGCUCCAGCCGCACCGAACAGUUUUAAGCCACCGCCGGUUGCAUUCAAAUACCAAAAUGCGAUGGACGAACUAGAUGAUAUCAACAAUAUUCUAGGCAUGGACAAUUAG